GCCGGUUGUCAAGCCAGUCCCGUUCCGCGCUCCCCUGCCUUUUCUUUCUCUUUCAACAUGACAGAUGCCGCUGUGUCCUUCGCCAAGGACUUCUUGGCUGGUGGAGUGGCAGCGGCCAUCUCCAAGACGGCGGUAGCGCCCAUCGAACGGUUCAAGCUGCUGCUGCAGGUGCAGCAUGCCAGCAAGCAAAUCACGGCAGAUAAGCAAUACAAGGGCAUUAUAGACUGCGUGGUUCGUAUCCCCAAGGAACAGGGAGUCCUGUCCUUCUGGCGUGGUAACCUGGCCAAUGUCAUCAGAUACUUC